UUAUUGAGAUUUUCGAACUCAUGUCUCCAGAUGGGUGAUGGCAUCCACGUUCUGAUGUCUACAGACUCCGGUAACCACUAUAAAAAUGAGCAGAGAUCUCAAUCGACUGGAUAGUUCGAGCAAAAGCAAAACUACAUCACCGUCAAUACAAUAUAGAGUUUAUCAAAAAAUCGAUGUUCCACAGCGAUAAGUGUUGUAACUGUAGCCCUGAUAUUACAAGCAUCGACGGUUCGAUUGCACCGCGUCUGAUAACGUGCUGCGGUGAUAAUAAUGAUAACAAACGAGUACUGCGUGCGCCGGCUAACGAGCACCGGACACCGAACUCGACCUCUCGUCGGUAGUUUCUCUUUCUUUCCCGCCGCUGUUCCGUAGCGCAUACCUGCGUACCUUUUUUUGUGGAUGGGUUCCCCCCGCCAGCUCGCGUCUCGCAUCGUCACUGCCUGGCUCGCACUCCGCUGUACACAAACCGCCUCGGGACGCGAUCAGUUACGGUAGUCCGUCGCGCCGCCCGCCACAGCUCGCGCGCAAACUUCGACGAUACAAUGAUUGAGAGCUUUCACGUGUAAACAAAAGUUCGUCAUGUUGUGCAUUAUAGCGAUUCUGUUUACUAUUUGCCACGUUCCGCGCGCCAUCGCCGAGGCCUCCGUGCGGACGUGCGAACCCAUUAAAGUGGCAAUGUGCAAGAACAUCGGCUACAACCAGACCGGUAUGCCGAACUUGGCCCGGCACACCCUGCAAGCUGAUGCCGAUAUCACGUUGCAAACAUUCAGUCCGCUGGUCCAGUAUGGCUGCUCUUCCCAGCUUCAUUUGUUUCUGUGUUCGGUCUACGUUCCCAUGUGUACGGAUAAAGUGGCGCUGCCGAUCGGGCCCUGUCGAGGACUGUGUGACAGUGUGCACGCCAGAUGUUUCCCUGUGCUUCAUGGUUUCGGAUUUUCUUGGCCCCCGGAGCUAGAUUGCACACUGUUUCCAGCGGAAAACAAUCACGAACACAUGUGUAUGGAGGGGCCCGGCGAAAGAGCCCCACCGGUCGGGAGUAUCCCGUUGAACGCAACGGGUGCGUGUAGGAGAUUAAUCAAACCAAACAGUUGGGUGUGGGUUAGAGGAUCAGGCCGCUGCGCCCAGUUUUGUGAUGCCGAAGUCCUGUGGGAAACUGGUGAACGCAGAGCGGCGGAAGUAUGGCUCGCUACGUGGGCAGCAUUAAGCUUUGCUUGCACUUUGGCAGCUGUCGCUGCGCAAUUAGCAUGCGGAGAUCGCGGAGGAGCUGGAGAACGAGCACUAGUGCUAGUGGCUCUGUGCAGGUGUGCUGCAGCGGCUGGAUGGGGCGUUCGCGCUGCUGCAGGUCGAGCUGCAGCCGGCUGCGCCAAGGACUCCACAUCCCCGGCACGCAUGCUUCUAGCACACGACGGACUUGCGAAUCCAAAUUGCGCUGUUGUGUUCUUGCUACUCUACUAUUUCGGUCUUGCUGCAUCAGUAUGGUGGGUGGUAGUGGCGGGCGCUUGGCGAGCAAGCGUACUCCGACCACCUAAUCCACCGGGUACAAUGGCGAGAAACGACCGCCACUCAUCCCUGCUUCAGCUGGCGGCGUGGGGCGUGCCGGCAGCCCUAGCAGCAGCCGUUCUCGUCACCAGAGACGUAGAUGCCGAUGAACUUACAGGUACGUGCUUCGUCGGCAAUCAAUCGACCAAGUCCCUCCUUGCGCUCGUAAUCGUACCUGAAGCAAUAUGUCUGCUACUCGGCUGCGUGUUCCUUUCGUCCGGACUACGCGCUGUUCUUCGCAAACCAGUUCCCGUGCACACACCAGCCCUAUUAUUAAACGCUCCACAGCCGCACACAGAUCAAAGCGUUUUGCGUUUAGGUGCUUUCGCAGCUCUAUACGCUGUUCCGUCGGCGUGUAUUCUCGCUACUUGGGUUUAUGAAUACGCGUGGAGAGACGAAUGGCUGGCUUCACCGGUUCCGUCUUCGGAGCCAUCGACACACGCCCACCCAGCAUUCUGGGUGUUCCUAUUUAGAAUAUUCGCUAUUCAAAUACUCGGUGUGAUGGUGGCCGUUUGGAUAGCAACGCCCCGCCUUAAAGCUCUGUGGAGAAGGGUGACGGGACCUAGAAAGCCAGUGCCUCCCAAAUGUCCGACGGGGCCGACACAAGCGCCCCUAACUCUUCAUUGUUACGCAACACAUCCUCAUACGAUAGCGCGACAUCCUUAUAAUCCAACAAAGUACGCAACAUACCGACCUCCGCAGCAGCAUUCGUACAGGAAACCUAGGCAUUAUCAUUAUUCAGCGGGUGAAACUAUACUAUGACGGAAAUAAAACAAUUUUUUGGUUUCAAUAAAAUAAAAAAUAUGAGCUUACAAGGCUCACAUAGUUACUCAAUUGUCGGUAAUACGGAGGAUUUAAAUAAAUAGAUAAAGAAUACACGUGUAAUUUUAUUGGUUUUCCAAAAAAAAAUUGAAGCACGUGCUAAGAUUAUAAAAUGAAAUUUCCUGACUGAAUUAUGUUCAAAUGCCUAUUAUAUUAAGAUAUAUGCAACCUCGCAAUCGAAUACCUACGUGGUAAUUGUAAAUAAAUUAUACUAAUUAUAAGGAAUGUAAUUUAAUGUACAUAUAAAUUGAUUGUAAUUAUUAUAUAAGGUAAUUUAAUUUAAAAUUAAAUGUGUGUAACAGUUAAUAAUUAUUAGACAAUCCGAUUUUUAUUAAUAUUUACGGGUAUGCGAACACCAUCGCCUCGAACUACAUUUUCUAAUCAAUCGCAAUAUCCAGAUUAUAUUAUUAUAUUAUACCUGACAAUUUAUACCUGACAAUUUAACCCUCUAAUUGAAAAUUCGAUCUUAUGAUUUACAAAACCCCAUAAAAGGCGAAGUUGAGGUUAAAUCCAUCGACAACCUGAAAUACAUUUUUUUCUGUCGACACUCCGGGCCCAAUAAAAACAUGGAAUACAGAUUGAAGUUACUAUCUCCGAGAAACCAGUCUCAUUGACAGUAUAAACAAACUCAUUUUGAAACAUACUCCAUGAGUUGGGUCACAAUUUGGAUGUCUUUGAUUUACUAAUUUAAGUAUGAAGUACCUAAAGAGAGAACAAAAAAUGUCUUUUAUGCAUUUAACGCAUCUGCCUAUUUGAGCCCAAAACACUUAGGAAUGUCGAAUGAAUUAAAUUUAAUAAGCAAGUCUAAGGACAGUAAAAAGACAAAUUUUAUCACGUAAUACGAUAUCUACCAAAUGAAAUGUUUAUUAAAUUAUAAUUACGAUAUAAAAUACUUAAUUUACAAUUUUUCAUUUGUGAUUCAUCUGUAAUGUUCUCUUUCCCUGAAAAGCCUAAAACAAGAGCCAUCAACUUUGAUGAUACAAAACUAGCGGCACAGUUUCAGAUACCCACAAAAUUUUCAUUAGCUUUAGCAUUAUUCAAGGAUUUCACUUAUCAGAGUUUACAGCGAGAGCCAUGUCCUUACUUUUAUAGGCAUCAACCAACACCUGAUAGGUGCUACCCCAACCCACCGGUGUGCGAAGUACUAACAAAUCCACGUUGAGAACCGUACUGCUGUUACUACUAAUGGUCAAAUACCAGCUUGUGAUUUUAGAAAUACCCUCGGAGCUGGAUAUUAACUAAUUCAUUCGCAAUUUUUAAUAUUACUGGUUAUUAUUUAUUGUUCCAUAACCAUUGGAGGUAUAAAAUCGGAUAUCUAUUUUUGUAAAUUGUAAAUGUUAAUAUUUGAAAUAUAAUUCCGAAACUAUGCUUCAUUGUAAUCUUAUUGUUAUUUGUAUGUAUUAUUAUCUAGCCACAUAAAAAGCGCCACUGAUUUAAUUUGAAUUUAGCGCAAAAUAAUAACAUAAAUUUUUUUGUAAGAUAAAUAUUUGUCAGUCGGGUAAGUAUAAAAAAACUUGUUUUAUAAACGAAAAUUAACUGCAACUAUAAGUUACAUCGAACGGCGAUCAUUAACGGCCGAACAUUUAAAAGGCUAGUUUCGGCGUAUCGUUUUCAUGAAAAUAAUUACAUAUGUGCCUACAAUAGAAUUUAACUGAAAUGUUAUGCUUAAUAUGAGUAGAUGUCAUGCCGUGACCCCCAACUUGCCAAACAAAAUAUUAAUAAGUACUUAAGUAUAGUAAUUGUAUGAUGUUGUAAAUAAAUAAAUAAACUAAAAUUUUACAAUUAUUUUUUUAAUAAUUUAAAAGCGUUUAACUUAUAUUAAGUUCAAGGUUAAAAUCAGCUAUAGUUAAGUGAUAGGUACUUCCCCAUUAUAGUUUUAUUUUUAAUAAAUUUUGAAAACUCA